UUCUUAAAUAAUUUAUUACCCAUGGCCCUACGUUGUGCCUUAGCAAGUUGAGUUUGUGCAUAUAUAGACCAGCAGGCAUGUGUCCAAUCCCACCCAUAACAGUGUGACCCAUAACCAAGCACAGCAAGUUCAACAAAAUGUCACCCACUCAAAUCAAGAAUAGCUCUCAGGAUCUGCUCCAGGCUCAAGUUGACCUUUGGCACCAUGCAUUGGGAUUUGUCAAGUCCAUGGCACUCAAAUGUGCAAUGGAACUGCAAAUCCCUAACACCAUCCAACACCAUGGUGGGGCUAUGACCCCUUCUGAGUUGGCCGCGAAGAUCGGGCUCCAUCAAUCUAAGCUUCCCCGCUUACGACGGCUCAUGCGAGUGCUCACUGUAUCAGGCAUCUUUGCUGUCCAUGAAUCCACCACGGCAGACAAGGAAGCUGUUUAUGUGCUUACCCCAACCACUUGCCUCCUCGUUAGCGAUGAAGUUAAAUCGAAUUUAUUUCCUAUUCUGUCGUUGAUGCUUGAUUCAACUGUUCUUGUCCCCUUUUUUGGCAUGAACUCAUGGUUCCUAGAUGAGCACUCUACAUCCUUGUUCAAAAAGGCUCACGGCCUUACCUUCUGGGAGAUGGCUGACAAGAAUGAUUCUUACAACCAGUCAAUCAACAAUGCGAUGGUUUCUGAUAGUAACUUUCUCAUGGAUAUCAUCUUGAGGGAGUGUGGUGAUGUAUUUCUUGGUAUAAACUCGCUUAUUGAUGUCGCUGGGGGCCAUGGUGGAGCUGCCAGUGCAAUUGCGAAGGCAUUCCCGCAAAUGAAAUGCACGGUCUUGGAUCUCCCUCAUGUGAUUGAAGAAGCUCCUACUGACGGCCAUGUGUCAUUUAUUUCUGGCGAUAUGUUCAAGUACAUUCCACCAGCGGAUGCUCUUUUCCUAAAGUGGGUUUUCCAUGAUUGGGGCGAUGAAGACUGUGUCAAGAUACUCAAAAAAUGCAAGGAAGCCAUACCUCCCAGAGAUGCUGGUGGGAAGGUGAUAAUCGUAGAUAUGGUGGUUGGAUCUGGGCCAAAUGAGACUGUUACAAGAGAGACACAGGUUUUCUUUGAUCUGUUUAUCAUGUUUCUUGAGGGCAUCGAGCGAGAGGAAUUUGAGUGGAAUAAGAUAUUCAUGGACGCCGGGUUCAGCGGGUACAAGAUUGUAACGGUGCUGGGCGUUAGAUCUGUUAUUGAGCUCUAUCCUUGAACACUCCAUGCAAAAUUAGGUGGAGUAAAUGUAUUACAUAUUCACAAGGCAGCACAAACAACAUGUGUGCUGUCUUGUUGUAUGCAUGUGGCUUGUAUUUUGCGAGGUGUGAGUCCCUGUGACCAAUAAGUUACCUCUGUUACUGCAAGACAUAUGUGUGUACAUGGACUCUGCUCCGGUCAUGUUCAUGUAUAAAUUGCCAUCUACAGUUAAGGCGCA